AUGGAGCCUUCCAAUCUCACAACUGGCCCCUCGGAGAUUGGUUCCUUGACGGCCCAGUCCUAUGACGAGAGUCAGUUUGUCGGCAGUUCUAGCGGCGUUUUCUUUAUCAAGACCGUUCGACAGGCUUUCUCGCAGAACCUGGAUGGACCGGCUGGCGCUUCAUCUACCCAAGACUUUCCUCAGCCGGAAGAUACUCUUCUCGGCAGUGAUGCUUCGCCUCAUGACAGGCGUUCGAUCCCGGCCUCCGCCAAAGCAUCGCCCGCGGUGACGGAGCCCAAGUCGUCCCUAGGCGAGUGGGAAUAUGAUCCUACCGUGGCGGCGGUCCUGGGGAAUGCUCCGCCGCUGGAAACGGCCCGCCAGCUGAUGAUGGUCUAUUUCAAAGUCUGGCACCCGCUGUUUCCAUUCCUCCACGGGCCGACGUUUCUACAGGCCAUGGAGUUGCUCUACUCAACCGGGGGCCGGAAUAUCGCCCAUUCGCCUUCUUCAGCACAUCGGAGUACCUGCUGGACCACCAUCUUCCAAUGUGUCUUCAACCUGGCUAGCCACCUGCGCCCGGAUCUCCAAUUUCCUGCGGAAUCUCGGGUCGGAUCCCCUAGUAGCAUUCACACCUUGCUCGGCACGCUGACGGGCAGAAAUGAUCUCCCCUCCCUGCAGGCGCUGCUCGCCUCGCAGUUGUAUCUCGUGGCCAAGAUGUCACUCCGCACCGCUUCCACCGUAGGCGGGUGCAUGCUACGCUCCAUGCUGCAUGCUGGUCUCCACCGCUGUCCGUUCCGGUACAGGGAACUCUCCUCGCAUGAUCGCCAGCUGCGCAAGAGAAUCUUCUGGUCGGCUUACGCCAUUGACCGCUAUCUCAGCCAGGCCCUCGGCUUACCGCUGGGGAUCCAGGACUCAGAUAUUGAUGUCUGCGCUUCGGGAGCCCAUGAGAUUCACAUUCCAGGUGCCUAUAAUCGGGAAUGGCCCUCGUUCUUGCCUCCUGCUGCUCCGGCAGCAGAGAAUGUAGCAAGCCCACAUACCGAGAAUCCUAGCUUCAAUGGACCUCGCCAGGAGUAUGACACCACCGUACCCAUGACUCCCACGAGACCGCCAACUUCGGGCUGGCACUCCGAGUCUCACCAACACAGGCGAGAAAUCGCCUUCGCCAGUUAUGUCGAAUCCGGCAAAUUGACCGGCCAAGCACUGGAGCUCUUCCACAAAUCCAUACUCGUGCGCUCCGUCCGGCGCAGCUCCGUGCUCUUCCUCGUCACCGACGUGCACAAAUGGUGGAAUAGCCUCUCCGCCGACCUGCAAGGUGUCCCAACUCCAUCCUUACCGUCAACCUCCACCGAAACUCCCUUCAAUUUCGGUCCAUUCUUCACCGUCCUUUACCAACACCUCAUCCUCCUCAUUCACCGCCCCUCGCUCUCCCUCAGCCCGUCAACCGCGGAGUUCGCCUCCAGCCUCCAGACCUGCAUUGGCGCCGCCAGGGAGAUCCUCUCCGCCCUCAAGACCCAGGUCGAUGCUGGCCAGGCCCUUUUCUGGCCUGGUUACCUGUCCGCAGCCUGGAUGGCCGGGCUGGUACUUGCUUUUGCGUGUCAGUUGCGGCAGUACGUUUUAGAAAAGGCGUCCAGAGAAAUCUCCGAAUGCCUCGACUUUCUCCAUCUGAUGUCCACUCAAUGGGAAACGGCCAAACACUGCCAUCGCGCGCUCUCCUUGCUCGCCCACAACAUCCAUCACCACCAGCAGCUCACAUCUCCAUCUACAACCCCCACCCCCGCCAGCACCCCCUUCUUGCGUAGAGACCUUCCCGGAUCCCAACCAAGGAAACCCCACGAGAGGCAAGGACAAAGACAAAGAGAUAGAUCGCCCUCAACAACGGACCCUAAUAUCGACCCGGAGAACCGAAAACGAAGACGUGUCGAAUCGACCACCGAUUCCCCUCUGCACGACCAAUAUCCUAGCAGAACCAGCCAUGAUGCGCCGGCAUCGAUGACCGCCGGUGGAAAUAGCCAUCAUUACCAGACCGGAACAUCCAUGGCCACCAUGUGUUCUGAGAUCCCGCCUGUCUUGGACAAUCGUCGCCUUGGUGGUGACGACGGCGAGGCAGCGGGGAGGUCCCUAGGAUCGGAUCCGUACCGUACGGCUCUAGACCAGGAUCAGGAUUACGAGGAUCGGCUGUUCUUCCCCGACGGGUCGGCCACCUCGAUGAUGGAUUUCGAUCUGAGUAUGGCGGAUUUGCUGCAGGGAGCGAAUUUUGAUAACUUGGUGGAUAUGUUCGGACAGCAGUAUCCGAGUUUUUGA